AUGGGCAUUUGUGCCUCAGGUCUAGCAGAAAUCCUCGCGGCCACUGGAGUCUCUGUGGAAAUGCCACCUCCCAUCGGACAACCCAAUGAUUCUCAGCGCGGAGGAAACACUAGUUCUACUGAAACCGUAGUUCUCCGUGGUUACCCGGAGUCCUUGGGAAGAGCCAUUAGCAUGGUCUAUGAGCGGGCGGAGAGUUCGGUUACCGAGGAGAUCGCGGUGCCAUGUCGAUUUCAUCCUAUACUUAUAGGCAAAUCUGGAACCGGACUAGAGGUGAUUCGGGAAGGCUACGAAAAGGUAAUCGCUUGA